CCUGAUAUACACUGGGGGUAUUACUCUGUGUCAUCCUCUUGCUAUUCAAAUUCGACCAGGCAUUGCUAGAUCCUGUUAUUGCGGUCAACAAUACUACUUGCAUCCGAGGAUGAUCCAGUCGACAAGAUUCGGUCCGGCGAUUGCAGCGCGGACAGCUACAUUUUUACCUGGACGAGCCUAUCUUUCGCGAACAUCAAAUGAUCAUUACAGGAGACUUAGCACACUUCUAAGUGACGUCCGAAGGACGUCGCAACCCAGUUCCUUUGAAACCACACUCCUCUCGUCCGUAUUAAUCUCACGCCGAGAUCUCCAUUCCACCGCGAUCCGAAAUCAGGAACAAAAGGAACAGGCGCAUACAAACCAGAAGAAUGCGGAAUCUGAAGCAGAUGGUGAAAAGAAGCAGGAUGGCGAAGGCGAGUCUUCUCAAGAGGAGAAGAAAAAGGACGUUCCUCCUCCACCACCACACGGCGAUAAGACUCCAUGGCAAGUUUUCACCGAAACUCUAAGAUCUGAAUUCAAAAAAUCAAAAGAAUGGGAGGAAUCCACCAAGGCUCUUGCAUCAUCUGCACACCACUUCACCGAGAGUGAGUCAGUUAAGCGAGCCCGUGCCGCUUACGAAGCCGCUUCGACUACCGCAUCGUCUACUACAUCAUCUGCGUUGAAAUCCACAGGAAGGGUCAUUGGUCAAGGAGCAGCUUGGACAUGGGAAACCCCUGUUGUUAAGGGCCUCCGUAAAGGAGUUUCUGCAACUGGAAAGGGUAUUGAGAAGGUCACACGACCGGUUAGAGAAACCGAAGCUUAUAAGAGUGUAAAGGAAGCUAUCGACGAUGGCAGUAGCUCCCGCUAUGGUGGAUGGAUUGAGAAAGAAGAACGCCGUCGUCAGAGACAACAGCGGGAAGAGAAUGAAGCAAAGUCUGGCCGAUCUCCUCGCGUUGAACAUAUGGAGGCCGAUCCUAACGCUGGUACGAACCUUACCGUUCAUAAAGACUCAGCUUGGAAAGAAUCUUGGAGGGACUUCCGCGAUAAGAGCCCAGUGAUGCAGAGACUGUUUUCACUCAAAGAUACAUACAACGAGUCUGAAAACCCUCUUAUCUCCACAGCUCGCAGCAUCUCAGACCGAGUGGCAGGCUUCUUCGCCGAAAACGAGACCGCCAGGGUUAUCAAGAAAUUUCGCGAGAUGGACCCAAGCUUCCAACUUGAGCCGUUCUUACGGGAGAUGCGUGAAUAUAUUCUACCGGAAGUCCUUGAUGCCUAUGUCAAGGGAGAUAUCGAGACUCUUAAACUCUGGCUAUCUGACGCCCAGUUUUCAGUAUAUUCCGCUCUGGCACAACAAUAUACGACUCUUGGCAUGAAGUCCGACGGCCGUAUUUUGGACAUCCGAGGUGUCGAUAUUGCCAAUGCUCGUAUGCUAGAGCCCGGCGAUAUCCCCGUGUUCGUCGUCACAUGCAGGACUCAGGAAGUUCAUGUCUACCGCAACGCCAAAACAAAUGAGCUUGCUGCUGGAAUGGAGGAUCGUGUCCAGCUUGUUACGUAUGCAAUUGGUGUUACAAGAAUCCCCGAGGACGUCAAUAACCCCGAGACACGAGGAUGGCGAAUGAUCGAGUUGCAAAAAGCAGCAAGAGACUAUAUCUAAAACAAACUCUGCUCGAAUCUAUCUUCAAAAUAACGCUCUUAUUCGAAAGUCAUCCUGUCCUGUUAACAAUCAUGAGCACCUCUCUAUUGCGUUUUCACCCCUGCGCUUGUAAUAUAUUGACUUUGCAUACUAGAUGUGGUUCGGGUUGGGCCCCUGCUUCAGAGGAAUCAUUUUUCUCUAUUUCGACCGGCAUCAGCCAUUAAUCCUAUUUCUUCUCCAUGUAUUUUUUACAUCUUCUGUCUAUGUCAUGAGGUGUCAGCGUGAUUGCAUUGGAUAUUUUCUCUUCUUUUCUCUAUGUGUAUUUAUUCCUCUGAUCUCCCCUCAUGGUGUUGUUGUCAUAAUUGGCGCUUGGGAUUGGCCACUUAUGCUGUUUUUUCAUGUUCGAAACGUCGCAAACAGCGGAAGAAAAGGAAUAUCGACUAUUGAUUUUGUUAUACCGUCAUAUCAUCACCAUUAUUGACUUGAGUGAGGCUUUUGCCGACUCUCAGCG